ACCAACCAAUGAUCAGCGAGGAGGACAACACACGCUCUCAGCAGCUCAGCUUCCUGCAGCAGGCUCUGCAGGGCAUGCAGAAGCAACUGUUAAAAAUGAGGGAAGAAUUGAAAGAACGGGAGUCAGAGCUGGAGAAGAGUGUGGAGGACAAGCAGCAGCUGAACAACCAAGUGCUGAACCUGAAGGAAGGCCUCCUGAACCUGCAAAACACAGACAUAGUGCAGCUGGAGAAGUCGCAGCAAGAUGACAGAGGUGGCGAGGACAACGCUAAUCAAACCAGCGAAGCCACAGUGUCAACAGUGGUGUCCUGCAGUCAGGAAAAGGAAGGACCUCAGGAGAAAAAUCCACUGAGUCCUGUGAACUCUGAGAGGGAGGCUCUGCUCGUUGGGAUCAUUGCAACGUUCCUGCACGUCCACCCGUUCGGAGCCAGCAUCGAGUACAUCUGUUCCUACCUGCAGCGCUUGGACACCAAGAUCAACACCAGUGAGGUGGAGGCUCUUCUCUCUCGACUGCCCUGCACCUUCAGGCAGGAGCUGAGCGGAGUCGGAGCGAGUCUGGAGAAACGCUGGAGCUUCUGCGGCUUCCAGGGCAUCAAGAGCACAUAAACUCUGCUGGAGACGCUUCUGGAGAGACGACAGACAACAUUGGGACACUGUAGAGACAUGAAAGACACAGUUUAAAACCCAGAAAUAUCAAAGACUGUACCUGUACAAGGACACAGAAGACUGAGCACACUGGAGGGAAUGUUACACCAACAUUUCACUGACUCUGUAGGUGGCAGAGACGUGACAAAGCAUCCCAGUAUCAGAAUGAUGCUUGAAAUCACAUGGCUAAGUCUUCAUGAGAGUGAACUCUGUGUCUGCUACCAUAUUUCUAGACCAAACGACUCUCUAGGAGUCACAGAAGACAACCGAUUCCCACAGUCACUGGAUUAAUAUGUAGUCAUCGCCAACACGAGCGGAUAAUUGUGAUUUCUGAGCCCGUGGGGGGGGGGGCUCUGUAUGGUGUCAGUGUGCGCCAGGACUACAGGGCUAACCGAGGCGGCGGAUCAGGGUCAAACCGAACACUCUGGUCUCCAUCUCUCCCCUUUUUGCUGUUCCUGGUUUGUAAAAUAGAUCUAAAAUGGAUAUAUUUCUUCAUUUUCUGUAAAGGCUGUUAACAGUUGCAUAGAAUCAUUUGUUGUAAUACACUGUAAAUGCUUGGAUGAUAUUUUUGAUUAUAAAAACACACAUUUGAGUAUAUAAAA